AUGGACAACUUCCGCAAGAUCGACAUUGACCAGUACGACGAGGAGGCGAUUUCGCCCGAGGAGCUGGUGGAGUCGUACCCGAAAGCGGCGGAACAGGCGACCGCCGAGGCGCGGGCGAAAUCCACCGAGGUGCGCGGCUUGAUUGGGCGGAGCGAUACGGCGGGAGCCCUUGCACUUAUACUCAGCGACUAUCCCUACGGACCCACGGUCGAGGAGGCAAAGCAAAUCACCCUUCACAGCCUCCUCGAGAUCGUCAACAGCACCAAGUCGAGCGACAUCAGCGCGGCAGUCAAGGCGAUUUCGAUCGACCAGCGCGACGCGCUCAUGAAGUUCCUCUACAAGGGCCUCCAGCUCGGCGGCGAGGGCGCGGAUGGCGUCAACUGCGCCGUGCUUUUGGGCUGGCAUGAACGGCUCACCGAGGUCGCCGGCACAGGCUGCAUUGUUCGCGUCAUGUCGGAUCGCCGUACGCUCUAG